UCUCAAUGAGGAAAUUAAUACUUGCUUAUCAAAGCGAUUUUAACAGCUCUCCUCGGGAUGUAUUGGAUGUGAGGUCCUUUCUUACUUUUACUGAGAAGAAAUUGAAGGAUCGGUCAAUCAUUGUUAUAGUACCUUGCAAAACUAAUCAAACUUGUCUCAUUAGAACAAGAAAGAUUCCUGUGCAUUCAAGGACAUGGCCAUUAUUUCUUUCGCCGGUAGAUAAUCCCGUUGUUCUGUUCAAAUUUUGCGAGCAUACAGGAGGCUGAAACAACACUGAUGAGCUGGAUGAGCUGCGUACAAAUACGGCUACAGAACAAAUUCCGCUUCAGCUUUUCUAAAUAAGCGUUUUUCUGACGUUAAAACUGUUUAAAGUUAACGCAAUUUACUACAUCGAUCUUUGAUCAGUCAAUUAAUCAAUAACAAGGACACAGAGUCUUUAAGCAAGACAGCUGCAGGUCGACCCUCCCGGCCAAUAUGGGUAAGUUCUUGCAUGAUUGUGCGUUUAUUUAAGACUUCUUUGGUAGAUUUGGAAUAAUUUUAUGUUGCUUCAGAAAACAUUUCUUUCUACUAUUUCCGGGUGACGUGAGCCAUAGCCUUGUAUCAAUGUUUUAGAGACUUCCCGUUCAAGAGAAAGGGCAUCCGGAAUUCAAUAUUUCUUGUGUAGUUAAAAGUUAUAGAGCUUUUGCAAACCUUUUUCUGCUUGACAAUGUUUUGGUCAUUUGUUCUGUUUAUUAGACAGAAUUUGAUUUCGUUGUACGCAAAUUACGAGCGAGAAAUAAAUCUAUAAACGUUUCAGUUUAUUUGCUAAUUGCCCUUCACCAACGCCGGCUAUUGAAGCUGAUCCCAUUUACUUUGAGCACUUUUCCUUAACGCUGGAUUCUCGCGUUGUAUGUUUCCUUCAUACAUGCGGCAAACCUUGGAAUAGGAUAACCGGACUGUAAUCAUACAAAAAAUUUUAAAAUAGAGUAGAAAGGUGUAAUUAAUUUAAAUACCAGCUUAUAUAUGUAAACAACAGACAAAUCAAUUAAAAUUCUCACGCUAAUUUCCGCAACAGGUCUCAGGCGUUUUCAUAUGUUCUCGCAUGAGCCCUCAAUUAUAUUGAACAUCAUUAGUUGCAAAGUAAACUGCCGGCCGUCAACUCAGUCAGUUACAGUUUUCGCAUGAAUCGGGACUAUAUAUACUAUAAAGCUUCUUCCUUCUCAUGUGCUACUGUUUCAAGAUUUCCAAAUUCGGAGAAGAACGCACAAAAAGCUAAAAACGGAUUUACAUUUUGUUCACUUUGAAGUCCACAUGUGUUUUGAAAAUUAUUGAGGUAGUACCAAUUAUAGUCUAAGGUCACUGAAGAGAGCUUUAGUUGUCGACUUAAGUAUUCUAUUUUUGUCGAUGAAUAAUAACUUUGACGUCUAUUAAUGCAUUUAGCGAGGGUUACAGAUUAUUUCAAAAAGAUGGGAAUUUUCAACUUUUUAUUUUUUUAUGACAAUAAAUAAACUUAGCAGCCACCUCUCCCCAUCUACAAUAGUUACUAUAUUUGUUACAGAUUAUCCCUCCCAAAGGGGCCUAGAUCCAAGUCAUCAGCUGACAGAGAGUGAUAUACACGAAAGUCAUCUACCGGAACAGAUUGGACCUUGCUAGAGAACUAGGUUUCCUUCAAAGCACCAUUGAUAUGAUCGAAAAGGAAAAAUUGUACUGUACAAAGGAAUGUUGUAUAGAGCUUCUUGUACGGUGGAUGCGUCAGAAUGGAACAGAAGCUACUGUUGGAAAAUUAAAAAAAGCUUUGGCAAAGAUAGAACUCAAGAAUGUGGGUGAAAAUCUGAUAAGUGGUAAGCAUGCAAGACCAAUGAAUGUUUCUCGUUUUUUAUUGUUUAAAUGAGUAUGUUGGCAAACACAUAAUACUAUUAAUAUUAUAUUGCAUACAUUCAUGACACAUAAAUCUUUAUUUAAGCUCGGAUCUAGAAAAGCUUGAGAGAGCUAGUAUCUCCUAGUAUAAUAAUAUUUAAGAAAUGCAGCAAAAUUGAAAAAGUAUGAAAGUAUAAAAUUGCUACGCAUGCAUAUACCAAUAUCUCGCAAACACAUACAUAAUUUCUUUAAGCAUUUACAACUACCUCUAUGAUCUUUAAUUUCUGCUAUGACUUUAACCGAGAGUCAUACUGCUUUCAGACCGCUUCUUAACUGACGUUUGGAGGGCACCCUGCUUAAUUAGAUGUCUAAUAUUUCCGCCGGAAAUAUUUCGCUGUGACUGUACUCAGAUACUCAGUAUCAUGUCAGUCGAGAUCUUUGAACAAGAUUUAAAGAUUUUUUAAACAAGGGUGUCUUGAUGCCUUCUGUUAAGUGUCUUCGAUUGCUUCCUUCAAGUCACAUUUGUUGUUGUUUUGGUUGUGCCGAUUCGAUUCAAUAUAAUUCAGCAAUCAGAAUACCUACGAAGCGGCUGGGAGAGUAAAUACCUUGGAUUUUGAUUAUUAAUAACCUUUAUACUGCAAGGCAUUUUAUUUUUUUCGGUGAUCUUCCUCAGUUCCGUUUGUAUUUUAUUAGCAAUGGUCGAAAACGUUGCACUCCUGUUGCCUAUAAACCACUAACAUACUUUUGGAAGAUUGAGCAAAACUGGCAACUCGUGCGCUUGAUUUUGCCCCCCGGGGGGGGGGGACUCCCAUAUGAAACAGACGGGGAUGCUCGUCGUCUCGCUUAGGGGUGUAAAUUUUGGAUUUUGGUCUCGCUUAGGGUGUUCCGGGCAAAGCGCCAAUAUUUUAAGCCGCCAAGGUCUCGUUUAGGGUUCCGCAAAGAACUUAAGAUUUAUGACAAUGCUUUUAAAAACUACUAUUAAAUAAAACGAUUCGAUGAUUAUGUUAUGCUCCUGCUUUAUGUCAUUAAAACUCAUUGCAUGUCGUAUUUGUGUGUUUUUAAGCGGUCUCUUUUAGGGGUCAAAAUUUGCUUAAGCCACGCCCAGAUUAGUCUCCUUUAGGGGUCACAAAAAGCUUGAGCCACGCCCAGAUGGUCUCCUUUAGGGGUUAAAUUCAAAAUUUUCGACGAGCAUCCCCGUCUGUUUCAUAUGGGAGUCCACCCCCCGGGAUUUUGCCCUUAAUUGUGAAAACAGGAAACGGUGAAUAAUUACGUUUUAGUUUGUAGUAGCAAAGUAAGUGUUGUUGCAUGUUGACUCAAUGUCAUUCCCAUUCUGAUCAGGACUCAGUUGCUGCCGAUGUUACUGCAUCAACCAAAGAUUAGAAGGCGUGGACCAUGAAGAAUCAAAAGCGCCAUAUCAGGUGAGUUUGUCAAGUCUUGCAUUUUAAAAGUAGAAGCAAGUCGCCAGAAGAUUAUCAAAAGGACACUUUUGCGAGAAAUUGUACAUGCAGGUUCAAUUCAUAUUUUUCCGGCCAAUAAAGGAAUGAUUAGAUUAACAUCGCAGCCUAGUACCAAGGAGCUGAUAUUAUUAAUUCUUCUCCUUCUUCCUUUUUUCAGAUUAACAGAUGUGAUAAGAUGAUUUGUGAAAUGAGUGACAAACUAAGAGCCAGUCUAAAAGAGGUAUACAAAAUAUCCGACCCAUGGGAAGGAAUGGGAGACACUUUUCUUCCAACCGGAAAAAGAGUGAUAUGAUUUCGUGAUUUUUUCGCUUUUCUUCCAGUUUAACAAAUGCCAUGACGAUACAUGUAAGCUGAUAGGUGAAAUGAGCGACGAUCUUCGAGUGAGCUUAAGAAAGGAGGUAUAAAAGUAAUAUACCGUAUUUAUUCGAAUAAGCGCCCAACCUCGAAUUAGCGCUCACCUCGAAUAAGCGCCCAUCCUAAAGGCAGAAAAAGUUAAUAAGCGCCCACCCCCUCCUCCUCCCAAUCAAACUCAAAUAAGCGUUAACCCCACCCCACCCACUUGAGUGAAUAAAUUCUAAUAAGAGACUUCCCCGAGGACAGAGUUUUCUUCAGAGUAUUUUACAGAAACCUUGCUUUCUUACUUCUUCGCGUUUUGUUAUUAGCAUUUAUUGUUUUGUUGCAAAAUAAACUUACUUCACUUGCUGAAAAUGGUGAAAUUUUAAUAAGCGCCCAGCCUCGAAUAAGCGCCCACCUCGAAUAAGCGCCCACUCUCAAGGUCCAAAAAUUUAAUAAGCGCCCAGGGCGGUUAAUCGAAUAAAUACGGUAUAGAUUUAGCCAGGGCUAAAAGCGAGGCUCCCAUUAAUAUAUUUAUAAUUUAAAUCAAACAAUAAACUUGUAUUCCACAAUUCAGUUAACUUUAGAGCACAUAGCACAUUCAUGUGACUUUUGAGGGAAAGGCUGAGUGAUUUUAUAGAAAAAUAAUUUGCAAACCCUAAGAGUGAACAAAAUCUUUCAUCAAGUUGAUAGCCUCAUAUGUUCACCCAAAAAACAGCAAUCAUCUUCGAUUACAUUUAGGAGCCAUAAUGGCUCUUGAUCACCGUAAGAUUAAUUAGGCCUGGAAAAAAAUCAGGCCGAAUUUUUUUGCGUUCGACAAGUUUACUUUGCAAAAUCUUGCCAACAAAUCCGGGUACGUGUAAACCAACCUUUUAUACCAUUUAUACAUCACAUCUGAGGUGAAACAGUACUAUGAAGUACUGUUUUUAUCAUACAGACCUCGGACAGAAUGCAGUAUUUCACAAUUGUUUGCAACACAAAUUGCACUCAUUCAAUAUUCAGGAUGAUCGAAGCACGCGUGGGCUUUUUAAACCGUUAAAAAAUUUCCAAAAUCAUAUACGGCCAGCCGGUUCUCACUUUUGCAGUGCGAACUGUAGCGAGUGUUUGAACGAACAUACUAGAGUUAAGCUACAACAUAAUAAAAAAAUUAUUAUGUUUAUUCAGUUUUAUUAAAUGGUUUUAUCGACGUGUAAUCUUUAAAAGCGCCGGUUUGAUACCCGCGGCACUGUGAGUACUCCUGCAAGCGAUGUUCACUGAACAACUGAAAACAAAGGGCACGGCGAUUAAAAUUACAAGAGAGACUACCAACAAUCAAUAAAAGAAAUAUAAUUCGGUGAAACAUGUACAGAGACAACAUUUUUCAUUGACGAAGACAAGUAUUAAAGUGUCUCUAAAAAUCCUGAGUCUUCAAGCUUAACCUGAAAGCUUAAGUUUAUGUUUUAAGCCGGCUUCCCGAUAUUUACUUUCUUCAAAGAUGAACUCGAGGCAAGAAAAUCGCUCAAAGCUUUCUUUUACAGCCAGAAUUAUAACUUAAUGUUUUUUGGAACGUUUUCUUUCUAUUUGCGGUGAGAAAAUGUCUAAAGGCUUUUUAAAGUUCUGUAAGCUUAUAUCAAACCUGAUUCUUGGUCAUAUCAAAUUGUCUCAAAUCUUACAAACGUGCACAUACUACAUAGCCGCAUAAACUGCGCUCGACUUCAUUAAAUUAGAUAUAAAAAACAAACAUCAAACACAAUAAUUACUGAGGCUUACCAUUCGACAUGCAGCUCCUGAAAGGUAUCAAGGAAGGCCAGUAUCGCUUCAGACUUUUUAACCCUUACGCAUCAAGCAAGGUGAAAAGCGAACUCGAUGCCAUCCGAAAUCGGAUUUCCGACUUUGACAAGUAAUGUAUUAUUUUCUCAACCAAAAACCAACUAGCCAUGAAUAAAAGAAGACUCCUGAUAGCAGCUGAAUUUCAUUUUGUGCAUCCAGUGGAAAAAAACAGUUAAAAAACAUCACAAGUUGACACAAAACUCUGUCAGCUUCAGCUGUCAAAGUAAACAAGAUUCAAGAUGCUGCAUAAAUUUUCCGCAUGAGCUCACCUGUCAAAUUUUGACCAAUCAGAGCGUAAAAAUUGGACGUAGAGCGUGACCAACGCGUGACCAUGGUCAGCAAAGUCACUGAAAAGCAACUGCCUUCCCCGCCUGUAAAAUAGCUGGCUGGAUUUUCGCUUCCGAGGUCAGUUUUAAAUCAAUAUUUUUACUUGUGAGGCACAAAAACAAAACAUAUUUCAUAUGAAAUAAAAAACAAUCAAACUUGAGCCUGCGAUCAUUUGAAAACUAGUAACUUGUCAGCGGAUAACUUCAAAAAAGUACUCGACCUCGAUGGGUUAACACCUGAGCCCGCGAUACGGUGAAGUGAUACUGGUCGGCGGAUACCCUGUUUUGACAGCUGUUAAUUGAUCACAACAUUGAUGUCCAAUGGAUGUGUGCAUUAUCAGUUUUCCUGUGCUCUCAAAUUAGCUAUCUAGAAAGUAUGAGAUUGAACAUUGAUUGCGAGCUAGUAAAACAACUGGUCAGCGGACAGCUUCCAAAUAAAUCACGUCACCUUGAUGAGUUAACAUAUGAGCGCUCGAUAUGGCAAUGUGAUACUGGUCAGUGGCUAUCCUGUUUUGACAGCUGUCAAUUGACCAUAUUGUGAAUGGCCAAUAUAAAAGAUAUGGGUUUGCCAAGACACACCUGAGACACCCCUCCCUUCCUUUUGAUAGUCUCCCCUACCCUACCCGUACAAUCUGUAGACGCGUACGUACGUACGCUCCGUCAGUCACGUGACAACCAAAUGAAAAGAGGUUGACCAUAUUCUAUGAGUAUGGGGCUCUGUCCCACGCGCGCUUCGCGCGCGAGGGAGCCCCGCUAUAAUAGUUAUGUUGAUAACUGGCUGAUUUGCAGUGAAGAUCGGAUCCCUUUUCAGUCAUUUAGGCUAUUUUCACACUGAACCGGAUAGGGCUUCUGUUCAAACAGUAAAUAGAGAAUACUUCAUGGAAAGUGCUGGCGUACGGUAUUUACGCACGAGUUGUUGACGUAUCAGAAAUUGAACGAGUGAGAGCACCGAACGAGUAAGAUUUCUGAUACAAAAACAACGAGUGCGUAAAUACCGUACAAAGCACUUUCCAUGUGGUAUUGUGUUUAUUAUAUACAUACUGAGACAUUCAUCAUUUUGGCGGCCUUUCUAUUUUAAAUCUUCAAAAAUGCUAAAAUUUGCCGCUACACACUUACCACAAAAUGACAACGAAAACGAAGUAUCAGCUUUUUAGUAAAAACGUUUGUUAAAAACAUAAAGGACGGUAAGGAUAUGAGGUAAUCCAAGAACUAUAAGUAAUCUUAACUGUUUGUUCUCAAUGCACAAUUGAAAAUGAGUGAAUUUAAAUAAAAUGGCCGGUUUCAAUAUUAUAAGCUUAAGCUUAAAGGCAAAGUAGCUCCGACAAAAAGUACAACAAAAGCUUACGUCUCGUUCUGUUUUUCCCUUUCCGCUGUUGUUUCGCUGGCUCUCUACCGUUUUUUUCAUCGACAGUGAAACAAACGAAACUAUUCCACUCCAUUUCCGAAAUGUUUUUCACUUUUUUAGCGAGAAAAACUCUUUGAGUAAAACUUUUCUCGUUGAAUGUGUGCGAAGAGGCGCUGCAAGCUGCAAUAAAAGGCGGGAAUUUUGGCGCGAAACUCGCACACCUCUGUGACUUCUGAUUGGACGUAUCAUUUUUCUCACACGUGAAAAAACAUCGUUCGCGAUUCUGAUUGGACGUAUCAUUUUUUUCACGUGUGAAAAUCAUCGUUCGCUCCUCUGAUUGGCUAGAACUAAUAUGCGUACGAAAAUUUUCGACAUAGCUUUUUGGUGAGUAUUUCUCAGUAUGUAUAUAAUAAAAACGAUGAUCUCGGCGCGAUUUUUGUGACGGAGCCGCCGAGUCGUUCUCUAAAGUGGAGGGUCACCGACAUAUCAGAUAGUUCUUCAUACUAGGGAAUUUAAGACACCACGCUGGCGAUGGUCACGAAAACGUCACUUAAAAAAGUGAAUUUGCAUUCUUUCAAUCUCUAUCGAGAUAACUCCAACUCGUUAACUUUGUCAAACCCAAAAGAGAGCUUUUUUUGAGCCGAAUUGCUACGAAGCAUAUUCAAAUUCAGAAAGAGAAAGAAAAAACUUAGCUGUCGCCUUCUUAUGUGCUCCAUAAAACGUGCAAUUAGGAAUUUUCCCGUCGUAGUCGUGCAGUGACGGCAAAGAAAUGUACAAAAAAAAGCCUGAUGCAUGUGCAGAGCUUUUGUUUUGCCUAUUCAACCUGUUGCUUUUUGACGUUCUCGUUGUAGAUUUUAGUCGUCGUCCUGGCAUCUUAGAGUCCUUACAACCGGUAUAGUGUGAACAUAGCCUAAAUGUUUCUUUUCGUUUCUUUUUCUGUUUGUUUCAUAGGUUUCCAAAAUGGAGGCCAAAAAUAAAGCCCUAGAAGUAGAUCUUUCAGCGGAAAAGCAAAUGCGCCAGGACAAAGAACAAGAAGUGGGUCAACUCAGUACUAUUUUAUUGAAAUCUCUAUCGCGACAACUCCAACUCCUUUACUUUGUCAAAUCCAAGAGAGCUUUUUUGAGCCGAAUUGCUAAGGACCAUAUUCAAAUUCAGAAAGAGAAACAAAAAAUUUAGCUGUCGCUUAUUUACGUCCUCCAUAAAACGUGAAAUUCGGAAUUUUCCCGUCGUAGUCGUGCAGUGACGGCAAAGAAAUGUACAAAAAAAAGCGUGAUGCACGUGCAGAGUUGUUGUUUUGCCUAUUCAACCUGUUGCUUUUUGACGUUCUCGUUGUAGAUUGUAGUCGUCGUCGCGGCAUCUUAAAGUCCUUACAACCGAUAUAGAAUGUUCCUAAAUGUUUCUUUUCGUUUCUUUUUCUGUUUGUUUCAUAGGUUUCCAAAAUGGAGGCCAAAAUUAAAGCUCUAGAAAUAGAGCUUUCAGAAGAAAGGCAAAUGCGCCAGGACAAAGAACAAGAAGUGGGUCAACUCAGUAAUGUUUUAUACUAGUCAUACAAGAUGCUUCUUCAACCGUGAGCGAACAAGGAUGAUCGGACUUAUAGAAAUGACCUCACCAUCAUUCAUUCUUACGCCGACGAUAGCAUAGAGCCUUACUAACUAUAAGCCAGUAAGCUAAGAUGAAAAGGGUGUUAGUUCGAGGCUGGCAGUCUUCCGUAUGUUUUACUUCGUUGCUUCUUGCUCUUGCAGGUUUCACAGCUGAUGACUAGAAUUGAGGGAUUAGAAGAGGAGCUUUCAAUUCCCAAGCAAAAAGGCCAUGAUGAGAUAAACGAACAACAGGUGAGUCAAAACAGUACUAAAAAACAGUUGCGCGAAACGCUGCUGCACUUUUCAAGUAAAACUGUGAAAAAUGUUUUUGAGUACUGUUUGUGCUAAAAGCUUUAAUAAGCACUUGUUGCGCUCAUUUUAGGUAAAUCGGACCUAAAGAAACCACUUAUAAUAAACGUUGAAUAGCAAUAGAAUCCACAUUGCCCUUUUGCAUGGAACUUAAUUAACCCUCGGACGUACACACAAAUUCAUACCCCCACCGUGGUACAAGGGGGGAGGGGUUGAUGGAACCCCUCCCCGGAGUUUUUGAUAUGUUGAAGUAUUUCGAAACGAUAUUACCUUCAGUGGAAAGCCUUUGAUCUUCUCUAUAAGAUGAGGUAUAUUUUAUGGGUUGUGGCCCUGCUGGAGGCCUGUGGCGUCAGCAACGAUGGUAGCCAUCUUGGAUUUUACCAAGAACUAGAAAUCAGGUUAAAACCGCGAGAAAUAAUAAGUUUUUGUGCUUUACAUGAAAUAUAACACAUAAAUAAGCACUUUGCAUGGUUUUAGCCACAAGAUUUAAUUUUAUUGUUGAAAGAAGUAAAACAAAAGAUGUAUUUUUAACCAGAAAUGGCUUGACCACCUGCUACUUAUGACGUCAUAUCUCGUAACCAUAGCAACUGAUCGUCCCUGAACUUGUCUCAAAAUUUGUGCGAGGGAUGAAAAAACAGCUACUGAAAACUUCAGCCGCCGAUAUUUUUAUCCCCUAGAAAGAAACUCAGAAAAUCCUUAGGGGGUGGCAUCCACCCCCUUUCCCCUCCUUGUACGUCAGAGGGUUAAAAUAUUUACAGAGUCACAAAAAGGUAACUUAUUUUUUUCCUUCUUUUUCUACAUAUCUAGCAAUUAAGUUUGAAGUUAAAAGAAAUGUGAUAUAGAUUUUCUGAAUAUCCGGGUAACGCGUACAGAGCCGCCAAAAUCGGCAAGUAACAAUACAAGUCUAUUCGUCUAGCAUUUUAGCCGAAUUGUCACACAUUUCCGGCUUUUUAUAAUCAAUGCAGGAAGGUGACCUAGCGACGGAUACAGAUCAAUUAGCUAGAGAUCGAGAGCAUCGCAUUGAUGUUCGAUUAAAAAACAUCAACGAACAGCUUCGCAUAUACGUUACAUCCCCUCUUCAAGUACAAGAAGUAAAACAAGAUCAACUGAAAACAGCAGUAAAACUUGAUCUACUGACACAUCUUAGCAAGCGGUUACAAGAGUUUUAUACGGAGGCUUUAAGAAUGGUUAAAGAGGCCUGUAAAUGUAGCGAAGACUUAAGGAAAGACUUCUAUGACCUUGUCUACCACGGGCUCAGGGCCGAACACUAUGAGCUGGUCCACAGAGUCAAGGAUCUGGAAUCUUCCCAGGAGGAAAUGUCUGAGGAGGAAAAGAAGAAAUUUGGCAAGCUGCAAUUUUAUCAGAGAGGCAGACAAAGCCAAGCUGAAGUAGACCAAUUGGACAAGCUGUGGAGUUCUCUCUUUACCCCGGUAUGUAUCUAUGUUAACUAACGUUCCUAAUUAACGGUUUGACUUUAACUUUAUUUUAGUCAGCAUUUAUACUGUUAGGUACUGUUCAAUUAAAAUAAGGAAAAAACAAGACCGGUAGGCGGACACAUGAACGCAAUAUCAGUCUACCAUUUUGUAUGGCAAAAUUGCAGUUACUUGGAUGCGUAGUAACUAAGCUAGGAGACACCUCUUUUGAUUUGGUAUAGUAGCACUCUGCGCAUGGGCUGAGGGUAAAACCUCUGACAAAAGUUUAAAAAUUUAUUCGUCAUUUCCGUGUUAAUAGAGCGAAAAUAUUGUUCAGUCGAAUAUUUCAGCCGGUCGAAAAUUCAGUGUCCAGUGCCGUGUGAAGGUAACCUCAAUGUUUUCCCCGAUUUCCAGGUAAUUUGCUAAAAACAACUCAUUGAGCUACGUCUCGCCGUUUUGCAAUUCACUUUUCGGUGUCGGGAUAUGAGAUGAAACCGCCUGCGUCUCAUGUUUUUCAAGUUAUAUCUAUCUCAGCAAAACUGGGAUUACGUAGGAGUCUUAGCUAGAUCGAAUAAUUAAUAUAAUAUAUAGUAUCCUAGGUAUUACAACUUAAUUUAGCCUUGAAAUAACGCUAACUACUCCUUUAACUUGCAGCCUGGUCGCCGCCAGAAGACAGCAAUGUCAGCGGAUCCGAUGGGUCAGAACAAGCCAAGAGACAGUAAAAAGGUAGAUAAAGAUUAUUUAUAGUUUAAUUACGGAAGAAAAUGUGGACUAUGUAACAAAAGAAAAAAAUAUUGUUUUAUUUUCUUGAUGAUCAAUGUCCUUUGCUUUAAUCCUUCAUUUGCUGAAUCCUCUCAUGACCAAUUCAUUCGCAUUCAAUUAUUCAUUCGUUCCUUCAUUCAUUUAUCUCAGCAUCCAUCCAUCCAUCCAUCUACUCCUUCCUUCCUUUCCUCUUCCAUAGUAGGGGAAAGGCUUUGUUUAGUUUGCAAAUGUAACUGUAUAGAAGACAAAAAACAGUAAUAGAUGACUUCUUUAUGUACUGUAUAGAAUACGAUAAUAUUGUAUAAUUCAGUUUCUGUUCAUGUUUUAGAUAAUUUGUUGUAGUAGUGAAUUGACCUUUAUUGUAACCAUACCAAUACCUCCCUUUGGAGAGUAAGGCGCAAUGAAAAUACACAACCUGUACUAUACUGCUGUACUACUAUUCGUGCAUUUAUUCAUUCAUUUAAGCAAUCAAUCAUUCCGCUUUCAUUCAUUUGAUUGGCUUGGUAACCCAAACAUGUCACCGGCUCUAGAUCAGCGUUUGCAAGUGUGAUUACCCCUGGCUGCUAAGUGGAGAAAAAAAAACAGAGAUAUAGAAAAAUAUUGUUGUUUUUCCCUCGAGUCCCUCACAUGAAAACGAAUCUACACUUUUUAAUGUCUGAAAAAUGAUUUUGUAUACUUUCGCUACAGGUCACGAGAUACACUGACCCUGACGACAUACGGAGAAAACUUAAGCUGCGUGGAGAGGACACAAGACCUGCCGCACCCUCAACUUCCAGCUAUGGCCAACCAGAAGAAGAGUCACGUUUGACUGUAAGUAUUCCCUCAUCUUUUUCCAUUUUUCAGUACCUCACUCUUUCCCCCGUCACGUAAGGCGCAUUUGAUCAUAUUUACACGUUAAUUUGCGCCAAAAGAGAAAAAAAUUAUUAUUAAUUACUAUUAUUAUCAUUGACAGACCCCGCCUCCUUUUACAAUCUAUUUUGAGGCCAUAGUUUCCUAAAUAUACGGUGCCUCUUUUUGAUGUUGCUCAAUGUUUUUGCGCAUCAUGAAUUUCUGUGAGAUUUAGUUUUCUAAUGACGGUCAGUUUCCUUAUACUUUCAUUUUACGGAUCCUUUCCAAAUUGCUGCACUAAGAAAUUAAGCAUCGAUGAUUAGUCAGCAACUUGUGUUCAAGCCCAUCGCCCAGAAUUCUGCGACACUUCUCGGAACAUUGCAAGUUACAGUCUUCCAACUCUACACAGUUCGACAUGCGAGGCUUGCAAGUCAGGCCUUUUACAGCGGUUACCACUAACACGCGCCUUUGAAGGGUUUUUUUCUGUGUGUUUAAACCUGAGUUUUCGUGGACGUCAAUCAACUGUUUCCAUGGUUUACCACGCGCUCUGACAGAGAAGGUUCCCUAAGCGCUGAAUGAAGGGCGAAUAAUAUCGAACGACGACGGCUUUUUAAAUUAUUUUAUUAAGAUGAAGGAUUACAUUGGUAAAACAACGAGGUCUCUGCGAGCUGAGUGAAAUAGCCGAAACAUUCUCUAUAGUUUACGUAACGGUUUUCAGGUUGUUUAUUUAUUUGAUGUAUGAAAACACGGGAGCCGUGGACGACUGAAUUGCCAAGAAGCUAAGCUAGUAUAAAUUCAAAGAAACAAAAGAUAUUACACCGAAAAGGGAAAAAGUUUCCUCUGAAUGGAGGCUGUUUUCGAAAAUGAAUUUUACUACUUAUCUUUCUUCAUGUUAUCGAAUAGAAACCAGAACUAGCCAGAACUCAGACGAGUUGCGAGCGAUUGAGAAAGCUUAUGUGGUUGUAACUUACAUUGUGUAAAUAUGUCGAUAAUUUGGGUUUCCUCCGAGAAACGCUCAACAAAUUCUUUCUCCUCGUAAUCUUGACAUGAAGCGGUGUCAGAUCCUGCAGGAAAAUAUUGCAAAAACGGCUGAAACGCCGACAUAUUCUUUCGAGUGCUCAAGAAACGGAGAAAGAAUCUUCUCUAGGCCAACGCGUGAAAAACCAUGCAUGGUAACGGUUGAUUGACGUCCACCAAAACGCAGGUUUGAACCGAAGAAAAAACCCUUUCAGGGCGCGUGUUAGUGGUAACCGCCGUAAUAAUAAUAUUCAUUGAUAAUUAAAACUUUCAAAAUCGUUAGGCUGACACUUACAAUGUAUCAACCAAUUUCGUUCAUCGGUCUCGUCAACGGUCUUCAUCAUUUGUCCUUUCCCUCACAAGUUACGAGUCGUGAUGUUACCAGUUUUCAUUCCAUCAGCUCAGUUUUGCCGUGCCUGCAAAUGAGGUUCACUUUCUAUUAGCACAUCAUUUUACACUAACGCACGAUACGUCAUGUGAACUGCUUUAACAUUGACGAUGUUCAGUCACUGAACGUCGUCACUAUGGUGGUUUCUUGGCUUACCUUUGCCAUUUGAUGCUUAUGUUUUGGUCUCCUGACUACGAUUGAAAGACCAGAUCAUUGCUUAUAUGGGAAGGAGGAGGGGGGGUAGGGUGGUUAACGACGUACUUUUCACUUAGACCACUUAUAAUAUUACCAAAAAGGUUUUUUUCACCUGUAAGGGUGAAAGAUUCACUUUUUUGUGUCAAAUUUUGCUCUCAGACUAUUGGAAUUUUCUAUACCAAACCUAUAAUAUUAAUGUCUUGAUAUUAUCUUUCGGCCCAAAUAUCUGAGGCGGCGCCGUUACCACCAGUUUUUGUAAGUUUUGAUAACUGUAUUCAGAUCACCUUUUCCUGCGUAGUCAAUUCAAGAACUGUGCAAAAUAGCUCUUGGAAAUCCCGUUACUUUUCACAAAGCAAUUAUCUCUAAUCUAAUAGGAGAUAAAAGUUAACUGGAUGCUAUUAUAAAAAUUGACUGAAUGUUUUGUUUUUCUUUAGCUGAGGAAAAUGAAGUCAACCGUCGAAUCAGUCAUUCAAACCAUUUCUAAAAAGAAGGAAGGUGGCGAGAAACAGCUGCGGGAUUGCUAA